AUGUUGUUACAUGCUGGUUUUGUGGCAUUAUUAGCGACUGUAAAGGUUUCAUUAACGUCUGCACGAGGUGUUCAUGUGAACUUGACAGCCAGUUGGCCCAGUUCUAUGCUAUUCCCGCUUAUGGAGACAAGUGAGUUUUUAGCCGAGGAGAAUCCACUGUAUUUUUGGCAGUUUUUGGAUAAUUUAGCUACACGUACGCCGUAUAUUCAGUUGGUGAGUCAUGAUGUGGACGAGUUGAAAACACUGGCGGUGUCUGUGGCUGAUGGAAUCGCUCCUGGUUUAAAUAAUAUCUUGGAAUUGAUGCUAGCGACACGAGCUUAUUCAGUAAAAGUGGAAAUGUUUCGUCAAUUGGCUUUGGACUCGGCUGUACGUUUAUGUGGAGAGAAUGUGGAUACGUGGGCGGUAUUUUAUCAAGAGCCACAUUGUAUUGAGUCUGUGGCUUGCUCGGUAACUGAGCUCGGGACUAUCUUACAUGACACGAAGCAGAAAAUGCAUGACCAAGUGUGUCUGGCCGCUGGUGUUAACGAUGUGGAACUUUCGGUGGAUCACAAGUAUCCGCACAUUCCAUUAAACCCUGCAAAGACAAGCAUGUCAGUGAUUCUUUAUGGCCUUGUAGGCACGGACCCAUUUUAUGCUUUUCACACGAGUCUUAUCAAACAAGCGCAGGAAAACAAGAUCCAGUAUAUGGUCCGUCAUUAUCCACGUGACACGCCGCUGGAUACAUUGUUACAAGGAUAUGGUGUAGCGCUUGACAUUAAAAAUAUGGAGUAUAAGACGAUUGAUGAUUCGAAAAAGACAGAAGAAGACAAUACUAUUGGUGAUGGCGAAGACGAUGAGGACGAAGAGGAGGAUGACAUUGAUGACGAAGAGGUCCAAGGUUUCCUGUUUAAGCCUCUUAUGGCUCGUCAUAGAGUUAUUGCUCAUGAUUUGAAACAGUUCUAUGACAUUUUGGUGAAAAGAGUAGAUGACGAGCAGGAACAAGAACUAAAGGCCUGGCAUAUGAAGGAUUUAGGUCCGAGUGCUGCACGUGCGAUUGUCGAUGCAAAGAAUCCAUUGAGAAUGCUUCAAACGCUUUCACAAGACUUUCCUUUACAGGCGAAAAAGCUGGCAUUCUCGCGAAAAUCAAUCACCAGCAAGUUUCGUGAAGAAGUUGCCACCAUGCGAAUGCAAGCCGCAAGAAAUGGAUUGAUAAACAAAUUUAUUAUGAAUGGUAUUGCGAUAGAUCCGAUGGAACGGUCUUUUAACGUGUUUGAUUUCAUGACGACACUAAGAAAGGAGUGGUCUGUAGCUAAGCAGCUAGGCCGUUUACCCUUGAAUCAUACGGAACUGGAGGAGAUGCUGACGCAUGUGCGCGAAUUAAACCAAGAGCAACCUGUAGUUCGUGUUCACAUGCGUGGAUCUAUGAGUGGAACAACCCCUUUGUACCUGAACAAUAUUGAAACUGACUCAAACUCUGCGGGCUGGCCGCAUAAUGUAAACGUGCUUAGACGCCCAGCGUGGAAUCUCAUUUUUGUUCGCAAGAAUAUGUAUGAAUGCAUUCUUGUUCUUGACCCACUAACCGUGGCAAGCCGUGCAGCGCUGUCCCACAUCGACUUUAUGCGUGCUCGUGGUGCUCCUGUACAGUGGGCACUUCUUAUUUCUUCAAAGGAGCUUAUGGCGAGCAAGACAUCUGACGAUCGUCGCGCUCUUUUAGAAAAGUACAAAGCAUUCCAGGAUUCAGAAAAGGCAGCUUCCUGGCAUUUUGCUAAGCUGUUAUUGCUGGCACAGGCUAAGGACAGAGCUGAUGAAGGUUCUGGUGACCAAAGAGCCACGAGUACAGAAAUUGCCUCAGCAUUUGUACGACGGGUCAGUGAAAACGAAAAGGCUGACAUUCUUGUUGAACACUUGCUAGAAGCUUACGCCGAUGUUGCUGUCAAAAUUGGAUCGUUUGAACAAAAUGAAGAGGAAGCGAUGGCAUGCCUGCGAAGCGACCAAUUUGACGACGAAAUCUUGGCGAUGACAGAAUUCAUCCAUCUAAAGCACGUGCCCUUGGGCUCGUUUGUUUUUAAUGGAGUGGUUCAUCAGGAUUUGGAAAUUCAGCAGUCAAUCAUGUCUAACUUUGGACGUGACCAAGUAUUGUACGUUGACAUGGCUCAUCGAGAUCUCUUGGACAAUGAGAUGGAUCUUGUUGAGGAACUCUUGAGUGCGCAAGACGCAUACCCUGCCUUCUUGUCGAUUUUUGAAAGCCCGGAAAGCAGAGACGAAGGGAGUGUAGAAACGGAAUCACAAAAGCAUCUUUUUGCUGAUGAUGUGGAUGGUCGACUGAAGGCUGCAGCACAGCCUGCAAUCGUGUAUUUGCAUGCGCCUGGUUCUAGGAUUGUGCCAAAAAAGCAAACCAUAAUUUUUCCAGCUGACCUGAGCAACAUACGGGACGCUAGAUAUGCGUAUUGUGUUGUGAAGACUAUACUUGAAGACUCGGAGCAGUCCUUACGAAUUGGAGUUGUGCCACAACUACAGAGUAACAGCAAUAGCAAGCAUGUGCGCAACGAUGUGGGAGAACUUAUGGCUGCUAUUCUUGCCACCGUGGGUCAUUCAGAUAAUGAAUCUCAUCUCAAGUUUAUCAUGGAAGCGCUGGGCUGUGUCAUUAAGCAGAAGGGUGCCGAUGAGAUGCAAGAAAAACUAAUUGAAAUUUGGAAAAAGACGAAGACGAAAGACAGUGACAAGGACCUGGUGUAUGAGAGGGUGUUAGCUCUUCUGAAAAAGAAGACAGGCAAAUGGUUGAUUCCAAUGGAGCGCAGUAUAUUAGAGCAGUUUAACAUGCUACUGCAUUCGCGGUUCCCACCUGUGUAUGAAGAGGAAAGUGAGGAGGGUUCUUCCAAGAUUGCCCAUCCGCGCCUGUUUGUUAAUGGUAGGCAAGUGAAUCUUCCUCCUGAAUCGUUGUCAGAUGAAGAUGUGGCAACCAUCAUAAAACAUGAUCUCAAAUACCGUACAAAGCCUGUGGCUAAGGCGCUUAUCAAGCGCAAUGCCAUUCUGAAGAUUAGAGAUGCUGACAAAUUGAGUUUUGAUAUUAUGAAGACUACGGGCAUUGUUGAUAAGUACGUGAAGACUGAGCGAGCAUCGCGCUUGAGUGUGGCCGAGGACGCUCUGAAUUCUGUUCGGCUACCUGGUGAUCCAUCCCUACAGGUGGCAGCCUACAUUGAUCCGCUGUCCGAGGCAGCUCAAGUGAUUAGCUCUAUGCUGAAGAUGCUGCACUUACAGCUAAACGCAACCAUCGAGUUAGUGCUGCUGCCUGCAGAGGAGUACAGGGAACUCCCGCUGCGCCGCUUUUAUCGCUACCUCUUUGAGAAGAGGCCGUCGCUUACUGCAAUAAGCGUCGAGUUUCGCAAACUACCAGUCCAUCCAAUUUUGACCAUGAAAAUUGACACCCCUGAGGCCUGGAACGUGCAAACCCUUCGCGCGGGUGAUGAUUUGGACAAUUUGAGGGUUGAUCCUGAAAGUCCGACGGACCUAAAGUCUACGACCAGAGCUGUGUUUCGAUUGGAGAGUCUUCUGGUGUAUGGCCAGUGCCGUGAUGCGACGCUAAACAUGUAUGCAUCGCCCAACGGUCUGCAGUUGGCCCUUGAGCGUGAGGUCGGUGGUCAACUGUUGCACCGUGACACUCUUGUUAUGAAGAACUUGGGUUAUUUUCAGCUACAGGCAACACCUGGUGUUUGGUCCUUGCGAUUGGCAAAGGGCAGAGCCUCUGAGCUUUUUGAUAUCAUCGAUCCAGAAACGGAUCAUCCAUUGGAAGCUCUUCCCGUCGUAGUUUACGAUUUUGGCUCCCACAUUUCGCAGCUGCAUGUUCGUAAGAAAGGUGGCAUGGAACAAGAAGAGCUACUGCAGUCGGUCGAGGAUGUGCAGAAACCAACCUCUGCUGUUGAUACGAAAUCAACCGGUAGCGAUGACAGUGCUCUUCGCGCGUACUGGAGCUCAAUGCUCAACAUGAUGGGCAAGCAGGAUAACGGGCUAGAAUCGCAUCCUCAAGAUGUGGCUGACAAAACUGACCAAACGGACGCUGCUGCAGAUAAUGUCAGUGUGCAGUCAAAGCAGCGCACGGGAGAGACCAUCCAUGUGUUUUCAGUGGCAUCCGGUUACCUGUAUGAACGCUUUGUCAAGAUCAUGAUGUUGAGCGUUCUCAAGCGCACUAACAACCCGGUGAUAUUUUGGCUGCUUGAGAACUUUUUAUCGCCUGACUUCAAAGCGUCGAUCCCGGUGCUCCGCGAACAGUUCGGCAUGGAUAUUCGACUUAUUACGUACAAGUGGCCUAACUGGCUGCGUCAGCAGACCGAGAAGCAGCGCAUUAUCUGGGGCUACAAGAUUCUUUUCUUGGACGUGUUGUUCCCGCUGGGUGUGCAAAAGAUCAUAUAUGUGGAUGCUGAUCAAGUCGUGCGUGCAGACCUAAAAGAACUCCUGGAACUCGACUUGGAAGGGAAACCAUAUGGCUACACGCCGUUCUGUGAUUCUCGCAACGUUGGUUUUCAAUUCUGGCGUCAAGGUUACUGGAAGGAUCACUUGAGUGGAAAACCAUACCACAUCAGUGCUCUGUACGUAGUUGACUUGGCGGUCUUCCGUCAGAUGGCUGCGGGCGACGUUCUGCGUGCAACGUAUAGUCAAUUGAGUUAUGAUCCUAACUCACUGGCAAAUCUGGACCAGGACCUGCCCAACUAUGUUCAACACCAAAUUCCUAUUUUCUCGUUGCCACAAGAGUGGCUCUGGUGCGAGUCGUGGUGUAGUGACGAGACCAAGGCUACAGCAAAGACUAUUGACUUGUGCAACAACCCGAAGCACAAGGAGCCGAAGCUGGAUAUGGCGAAGCGUGUCAUUGCAGGUGAACUCUUUAAUGAGUCUUGGAUUGAGCUUGACGAAGAGAUUAAGGAUGCUGAGAGGAAAUACACCGCUCAGCCUACAGUGUAA